AUGUCGAACUUGGCAAAGCUCGAAUUUGUUGCACUUGACAUCUCCGGAAAGAACUACCUUUCAUGGAUCAAUGAUGCUGAGGUUCAUCUUGAGGCUAUGAACCUAGGGGAAACCAUUAAGGAAGGCAAUGAGGCAUCCUCUGUGGAUCGAGCGAAAGCCAUGAUUUUUCUCAGACGCCACAUCCAUGAAGGAUUGAAGUGUGAAUACCUUAUUGUCAAGGAUCCUUUGGCCCUUUGGGGAAAUCUCAAGGAAAGAUAUGGCCAUCAGAGGACAGUUAUUCUUCCUAAGGCACGCCAUGAUUGGAUGCACUUGCGUCUACACGAUUUCAAAUCAGUGGCUGACUAUAAUUCUGCUAUGUUCAGAAUUUGCUCCAAGUUACGACUUUGUGGAGAGAAUAUAACUGAUGCAGACCUAUUGGAGAAAACUUUCACCACAUUUUAUGCCUCCAAUGUGGUUUUGCAACAACAAUAUCGAGAGCGAGGUUUCCAUAAGUAUUCAGACCUCAUAUCUUGUCUAUUUCUAGCUGAACAGAAUAAUGAGCUUCUAAUGCAGAACCAUCAAUCUCGUCCAACUGGAUCUGCACCAUUCCAUGAAGUGAAUGCUGCCUUGGCACCAUCUCAUGAGGCAUAUGCUACCUCAUCACAUGGCGACCGUCGUUGA